GGGAAGGGCACAGGUGAUGCACCUGUCCCGGGAAAGGAGCACUAGCACAGGUGUGUCACAACUCACCAGCCACCUGGCUUAGAGCAUGAGCUUCUUUGACCCACAAACGCAUUCCCCUCCACGCUGCAGCCCACAAUUCCCAAAUAUCGGCCAAGAACCUCCAGAGAUGAAUAUCUACUACGAGAACUUCUUCCAUCCACAGAACAUCCCGAGCCCCCAGCGACCAAGCACCUUUGAGACGACGGAUUACAACGCCGCUCCCAAUCCCUACCUCUGGCUAAAUGGACCUUCCAUUACCCCACCGCCGUAUCUGCCAGGAUCCAACGCCAGUCCUUUCAUUCCGCAGUCGUACGGGAUGCAGAGGCAGCUCUUGCCUAACAUGCACAGCUUGGGAGGAACUGACCUUGGCUGGCUUCCCCUCCCGUCCCAAGAGGAGCUCAUGAAGUUGGUGAGACCACCUUACUCCUACUCUGCCCUCAUUGCCAUGGCCAUCCACGGGGCACCUGACAAGAGGCUGACUCUGAGCCAGAUCUACCAGUACGUGGCUGACAACUUCCCGUUCUACAACAAAAGCAAAGCUGGCUGGCAGAAUUCCAUACGGCACAACUUGUCCCUCAAUGAUUGCUUCAAGAAGGUGCCUCGAGAUGAAGAUGAUCCAGGAAAAGGGAAUUACUGGACUCUUGACCCAAACUGUGAAAAGAUGUUUGACAAUGGAAACUUUCGCAGGAAGCGGAAGAGAAAGUCUGACAUUGAGGCCAGUGCUGCUACUCUUCCGUCUGAGAAAUCCGAGGACAGUACCCUGACUGGCAGCCCCAAAGCUGCAGAGCAUCAUGAUAUCUUGGAAAACUCAUCACCUGGGACUGACAAUUCACCUGAGAAAGGAUCUCCUCCUCCCUCUUCCAGCAGCCCGUGCCUCAGUAACUUCCUCUCCAGCAUGACCGCCUAUGUCCACAGCUCCAACUCGGGGAGCCGCUCCGGGCCCGUGGGACUCAGCUCUGAACCCAUUGACAAAAUGGGGCAGAACAUGGUAGGCUUCAAUUCCUACUCCCCACUCUCCAGUAUCCCCAGCCAUGGUGUGGGAGACUGGUCCAAUUCCAUGCCUUCCAGUCACCUUGGCCACAGCAACUCGGUGCUCAACCAGUUUAACACCCAUUUUUACAGCAGUCUCAGCACAAACAACACCCUGUACCCCAGGGAAGGCACAGAGGUUUAAUUGAAGCAUUCUAGGACACUAGAGGAUAGUUAUUUAUGACAGGAAAUGAUCCACAGGCAGGUGAUUAGCAUUAGCCUCGUGUCUCUAGGACCACGCUGCAUCCUCCUCCUGACAGCCACCAACUUGUUACCCUUUAUACUGAAAUCACAAACACUCCACAUUCUGCAGCUGCACAGGAAAAAGCAGGGAUCAUAGAAGGAAUAGUGAAAAGUUCUUCUCAGACACUGCUUGUGCUGCUGCCAACCAGGCUCCUCUACAGAAGUCAUUGAGAAGUUACAGCUUGCCUUAGGCAGGAGGCUCUUUCUGGCAUGGCAUUAACAUUGCUGUGCUUUUUAAAGUGGUAACAGAAAUGUGGUGGUACCUUCACAUAUCCUGGCUUUAGGUAUAGGCUGCCUGUACUAAAUGCUCAGCAAGUUCUUAUUUGGCCAAAACUCUCCUGAAACACUCAGGAGGAUCCAUAAUAAAAACCACUGUAUAGUGAGCAACAAGCAGCACUUGAAUGGUGAGUGCUGUCUUUGGCUUUUUCUCAUGCCAGUGCAUGUUUAAAGCCUGACCCCCUUCCAGCCCCACGGGAAUGUGGCAGCAAACUGACUUCAUCAUGGACACAACAGGAAUUUUGAAGCUGAAGGGAAGCAUAACAAAAUACACUGGAAUUGUCUUCUGCUGUUGGAUCUUUGUGCUUUCAAUUCUGAUUACAGGGUCAAUUUUAUUUCUUACACAUGUAAAUCUAGUCACAUAAGGGAAACAGGAUCUGUCCUGAGUAUAUAAAUAUAUAUAUUUAAGAAAUGUUUUUUCUAAGAAAACACAUCUGUUAUAUCUUAACAUUCUACAUUAAUAAUUUCUACUGAGUAAAGGGUUUGACUACUGGGGUGGGAGGUAAGGGAAGAAGAAAAGGGAGGUAAGAAGUCUAACUGUCUCUGAAUUUCAGUUUCAAAGGCUGGGAUCUUUCAGAGUAUCAACUGCAGAUAUUAUAAAGUCUCUGUACUGUAUUUUUUUUUCAUUUUGUAAAAGUCCUUGCUGUUAGUCCUUGUGUAAAUAUUAGAAAUAAUUCUUAUUUUUCCUACACUAUACUGUAGCUGCAAGCAUUUCAAAAUACAGAUGAAGUUUUUUAAACCAAGAAUUGACUCGAGUUCCACAUUUAUGUAGAGUAAUAUCUCAAAAUGGACAACCCCAGAAGCAUUUUUAAUAAAGCAUUUGUAAAGAAGAGUAUGU